UACUGAUUACUAAACAUAACAUUUUAGAAUUUUUUGUGUAAUGUAUUAGAGUUAAUUAUUAUUUUUUUUGUAUACUUUAAUUUUAUUAAGUUACCUAAUUUUUGUAUUUCAUUUUGAAUACAUAGUCUAUUGAUUAUCCUAAUUUAUCUUAUUCAUGACGCGUCAUUACCUAAACUUAGUUGAUCAAUUAAGAUAAUGGCAAGUGUUAGAGACAGUGAUAUUUCACUGUGGCUUCACAAUAAAUUAGGAACAACUAAUGAUACUUGGAUUAGUGGUUCAAUAUGUACGCAGCUAACAUCUGAUGUAUUGCGUAACAUUAAGGAUUGUUUCCCAGACUUACAAACACAAGUAAAACUCAAACUAUUGCUCUCCUUUUUUCACAUUCCACGAAGAAAUAUUUCAGAAUGGCGAAUAGAAUUGGAAGAAAUUUUAGAGAUUGCUUGUGUUGAUAGUGAACAAUGGGUUUCAAUGUUGGCUGAAAUGAUGAAAACAUUCCCGUCAACUGGUAAUCUUAAUGUUACAGAAUUCUUUCACAAUGAAGACAAUAAUAGAAUAUUUAACGAGUUAAUCAGUGAUUUGAAAAAAUUAGUUAGAAAAAAUAUGGAUUAUACCAUGUUGCCAUUAGAAUGUCUGUAUUUAAACAAAAAUGCUUUAAUAAAUGUAGUUGGUCAACCACCUACGUCUGUAAAACAUUUUAAUUUAAAAAGAAAACCUAAGGCCGCUGCAAUAAAAGCUGAAUUGUUACAAAAAGCUACAGAUGCAGCUAGUAAUAUUAAAAAACAUACUGCUCCUGCUGUCCCAGUACGAUCUCGAGGCAUGCCUCGAAAAAUGACUGAUACCACUCCCUUAAAAGGUAUCCCAAGUCGUUCAUUACCAAGUGGUGGUUUCCGCUCAAAUCCAUUAAAUAAUACUCUUACAACGCCGUCAAGACCAGGGGUACGCAAAGAUUGUGGUAUCAAAAUAUUAGAAAUUACGGAACAGCCUAUUGGUUAUGCCCAAGCUAAAAAACGAAAGAGAGCAGAAAUGGAGGAAAGUAAACGUCUAUUAGAAGCUAAUAAUGUUUCUACUUCAGGAACACAAUUGUCAAAUUCCAAAACAGAAGUAACAUCCACUACUCCUGAUUAUGCUGCUGGAUUAGCUCCUCUGAAUCCACCUACUCCUGCACCACCAACCCCCCAACAUGUACCUAGCUAUAUAGCUCCAGCUACACCUCUUCCUACUGAACCUAUUAACAAUGAAUCACAAAAUAUUCUUAGUACUCCUCAACCAGUCACUGAAUCUCCACCUGCUUCAAUUUCAUCUAAAGUUAUUCAUAUUCUAUGUAAGAAAGAAAAGCCUCCUAUGGUUCAAAUGCAAGUACGUUCCCAAACUGCUCAAGUUGGUUCAUCAACAGCAGCAACUAAUACUGCUCCAACACAAUUAUCUUUAACUAGGAGCCAAAUGGAGGAAGCUCAAGAUAUGUUCCGAAAUGCGAAUAAAGUAACACGUCCUGAAAAAGCUUUAAUCUUAGGUUUUAUGGCUGGUAGUCGGGAUAAUCCAUGUCCUCAGUUAGGUAGCUUAGUAACUGUUAAAUUAAGCGAAGAUCACGAAACAGUACUUCAGAAUGAUCAUACAUUAGUUAAUAUGCUAGUUGAAACACAUUUCCAAAUGAAUUAUAAUACUGGUGAAUGGAAAAGAAUCAAGAAGUAUAUUGAACUGGAUAGAACAAGUAUGCCAGUUGCCAGUAGUCAACUUGCUGCAUUAGCAGCUGCCGCCACAGCAUUACAAAAUCAAUCUUGACCUCUCAGUUUUUAAUUGUUUAGUAAUAUUGAUUGUAUUGAAGGUAUUUUUUUUUUUGGUUUUUAAGAUAAAACCAAAACUUUCCAUUACACAAUACAAACAACUUUUGCAUAAAACAAUGAGUUUUGUAGUGUUUAUUAAAAAUGACUUUUUAAACAUAUAUAAUUAAUCUUAACUCUAAAAAACAAACAAAAAUAUACAACAUUAACAAAAGUUAAAAAUAAAUAAAUUAAUAUGUCAAAAAAAAGCUAUAUUAUAAGUUUCCAGCAACAUAUAGCUCUUUGAGUGUCUGGUGCUUUUCUGAAAAGUUGUAUACCGUCUGAUGUAACAUAUUUGUUAACUUGAUAAUCUAAUAGAGUUUUAUAUCCAAAUACGUUUGUUCCAAGUUGCUGUAAUAAUAAAAUUUGAUUGAAUCAUUUAGUGAAAA